AUGUACGUAACCUGUAAGAUAGGAUUGUACCCCGGUCAGCGAAGCGAGAACUUUAAGAGGCACGGAUAUCAAAGGAACAACUGCAACAGGACCGAAGAGACACAAGAGCCAAACAAGCAGAUGGGUCGUCCACAGGCUGGAGAGAAGAGGGGUUCUCACCUUAGAACAUUCAAUUCCUUCCAGGGUCAGUAUGCAAUCAGUAUAGGUCAAAGGGGAUAUCUGAUGUGGGCAAGAUCAAAAGAGGAGGAAGAGGAAGACCGUGCCAUGCAUUCGACUCAGGAGAGGCCGGGGGCGAAGGAGGCGGAUGGGGUGGGUCACCGGCAGGCGCCAAAACGCAAUGCUGAUAAAAUCUUCUUCCUCGUCGACGGGACACAAAGAUGGGUAUGCGACCCAUCUGGAGCCGGCCUAAACCAUCGCAGGCAGCCUGAGACACCGGACUAUGUUGGGACGGUAUUGGCGAUCGGCUGGCUGAAAGGAGCAGACCAAAUGGAAGUGGAUGCAUCAUACCAUACCAGCUGCCCCUAUUUUCAGGCCCUUCCCGGCCAGGCCCGCCACGUGCGGGCAAGUGGGCAGCCACGCGGAUUUAACGAUGGCAGCAGCAGCGCAUCUUCACCCACCAGUGGCCCCCAUUUCCUUGGUCCUGAACCCCAGCAAACCUUCUCUACUCCCUCCCCUACUUAUCCCCGGUCUCUUCCGUGCAGACUCAACUCAAUAGUGGCUGGCAUACAGAUCUUCAACAUGCACGACACCGCUGCCGGGGAAGAUCUGGCUGACUUGCAUGGAGCGGGAGUGGUUCUCCGACAGUGA